AUAAGUCUCCCUUGACGUAACCGGUUAGUUCAACAGAUAAUUCAAUCUGCUACUAAAACAACUGCAGAUAACAACGAAUUCUUUGUUCACCUUCGUGAUAUUCUAAUACAAUUCUGCGAGGCGAACUGUACAUAAAACCUUGAGUCAUUAUCGCGGCCAUUUUGUUAUUAGAUAUCUUAACAAUCUUCUCUAUGUCAAGACUCAUCGUUGAGAGGCGCUUCGCUGAUGAAUAGACAGCGGCAAGGAGUCAUUUUAGUAAUAGCCGCUUCGUAGUAUGCUUAUUCUUUUUCGUAUUCUUCAUUUCUUUACGGUUCAGUUUUCAACAACAUGGAGAUUAAACGCAGGAAGUUAAGAUCAGAAAGUGAUGAUAUUUACGAUGCAGAGCCAAGGUUACGGACGAAGAAGAGUUAUCCAAGCAGAAGAUACUUUAUGGUUGUUACUGUGUUGGGAGUCUUAUUUUUGGGAUACAUAGCAAUAGCGUAUGAUUUCAAGCCUGCACGUUUCGGUACCAAGGCAAUUGAUACAUUGGCUUUGUCUUUGAGUUUCCAAUCAAGAUUUUAUGUUGUGGUUAUCGAUGCAGGUUCUACUGGCAGUCGUGCUUUAGCUUUCAGUUUUUAUGAGUCUGUUCUUGGCGGCAAUUUGAUAUUAGAUGGAGAACACUUCUUUCAAACAAAACCAGGCAUCAGUGCUUAUGCAGACAGGCCGAAAGAAUCGGCUAAGUCUCUCACUGUGCUCCUAGACAAAGUCAAAGCAGUUAUUCCACAGUCAGAAUGGCAGCAUACUGCACUAAGCAUGAGAGCUACUGCUGGUUUGAGACUUCUUCCUGGACACAAAGCUGACGAUAUCCUUCAAGAAUGUAGAAAACUAUUUGAAGAUUCUGGUUUUCAAGUUUCUAAAAAUUCAGUUUCUAUAAUGGAUGGAACAGAUGAAGGUAUUUUCUCUUGGUUUACCGUCAAUUUCCUAUUGGAACGGUUCAACACACACAACCCUGGAAAUACAGUUGCUGCAUUAGAUCUUGGGGGAGGCUCAACACAAGUUACAUUCUCACCCGAUGCUUCACAGGAAAAGAAACUUGAUGGACACAUAUAUUCAGUUAAUAUCUUCAACCAUAACAUGAGUGUAUACACGCACAGUUAUUUGGGCAUGGGUCUCAUGGCUGCUAGAAAAGAGAUUAUAACACACGGAUUAAAUUUAGACAACGUAAAUCCGCGAGCAACCUCAGAAAUACGAUCGGAAUGUGUAAAUCCAAUAGUUUCCACCGAAUGGAGUUACGGAGGACUUAAUUACCUAGUCAAAGGUCCCAUUAGUGGAGCACACAAGUUAGUGAAGAAUCAAAAUUUCGCUGGUGGCGAAGUAGAUAGACCAAUUGUUAAUUUUCAAGCAUGCUUGAACAUCAUUGAAAAGUAUGUUAAAGGAAUUAAAAAUAAACCAGAAGGUUUGAAGGACCACGAGAUCUAUGCAUUUUCAUAUUACUUUGAUCGUGCCACAGAGGUCGGUCUUGUGGACCCCUUUUUUGGUGGAGUUGUUCAAGUAAGCGCACUACUCGAAAUGGCAAAGUCCGUCUGCGAUUAUCCAAAUACUGAUCAGCCCUUCAUUUGCCUUGAUUUAACAUUUAUUUAUGUUCUUUUACGUGACGGGUUUGGCUUGGCACCUACAACAAAAUUAUAUCUGUACAAGAAGAUAACUGGACAUGAAUUGAGUUGGGCCCUCGGCGCUGCCUUCAAUAUAAUUCAGAACGGUCUUUAACACACCUGAAGUAUAGAUACAAAGUUAUUUUUACACGAAAUUGAAGAAAUUGUUAGAACUUAUUACAUGUGGUGAAACCACUUGAUUUAGGUAGGAACUAUUAAUCUAUUAUCACAUUCAUUGUUUCCUCAUGAUAGCAUAUCUCGUUACUGGUACAUUUCCCGUAAGUGAAACAUAUUACUUUUGUUUGAGCAUUGUACUCAAAGCCACAAAACAUUGAAAACAGUGAAUAUGUAUAAGUUCUUCAAUUAGAGAGUCUUAAAUCUCUUAAUUCCUUUUUUAAUCACUUGUAAAUUAAAUUAUAAUCACACUGACAAACGCACAGGUCUGUCUAUUAUCAAAGAUGCACAAUUCUACAAAGUAUAUUUAGCACAGUAAGUUAUUUUCAAAACAUGAAUAAUAUCAAUAUAUAAUUAUUAUGUAGUAAUUGAAGACUAGUUGAAGGGAUUCUCCUGACGGGGAUAUCGGCCAUAUCUCUUAUGUGAUAGAAAAUAGAAAGAGAUAGUAUAGAUAAAGUGUAAUCAAUUUAGCGUGUACCUUUCCUAUUAUUUCGUGAGCGCAAUGGUACAUUUGCAAUUCGAAGCCGUAAUUCUUAAAGAAGAAAUCUAUAUAUUUUUUAACGACUUAACUUUUAUUAUGAUAAGUAUAUUCUAUUUAUGGAAUAACACCGAUGUGUAUUAUCACUACAUAUUAUGAAUAUCAUUAAAGCGAAUCCAAUGUCAGCGUUCUGUUAACAAACAGUUCUAUAUUUACAUUGCAAAUGUCGUAUGUACAAAACUAUAAGGCCUAUGGUUCUUAUUGAAUCGUAUAGCGGUUUCGUUUACAAUUUAUGGCAUUGUCACUGAAAUGUUAUAUCCUCGGCCAAUGAAUGUGAUUAUAGUUGGUGAAGGAUUUCCGGUAAGAAUCGAAUUGUUUUUACAUAGUUGUGGCCAAAUGACACAACUUAGUUAAGGUUCUUACAUUCUCGUAUUGACUUUGAAAUUUGAAGUUUUUUUUUUAUCGAAAGGAAUGUUUGAUAAUAGUUAAAUAAAUCUUAGUUGUGACGACUAUCUGACUUUUCAAUGUGCUAUUUAAACAUGGAAAGCAGGAUAUUUAAUUUUGAAUUUCAAGGUCAAAUUGUUACAACUGCUACUUGUUACUACUUGCUCACAAGUCGCCACGUGAGUCUGAGUUACUCUAUCUCACUUCUUAAAUGCUAGGUAAUUAAAAUACUUUUUAUUAUAAGCAAACUUUUUUAUAAGAAAAAUAUUUCUUUUUACUUUUAAUAUGUAAGGUCUGUUUUCCUGUAUGGGGCAUUUUUCGAUGAUUUUAUAACAUAUGUUGAGGACGGUUAUGAAAAUCUGUGCUGGCCAAGUUUAGCUUUUACCAGAUUGUAGAGUAUUGAGAACUAAAACAGUUUUGUUCGUUAAUCUUUAUUUUAAUAUCAACACUAUUUUAUCUUGUCAUUGGCUGUUUGGUAACUCAGACUCUAUGAACAAAACUUUUGCAGUAACUUGAUACGUACAAAUAUGUUUUAGGAAAUAUUCAUUCCGUUUUCGACAAUCUACUUAAAUUUGUAAAACAUGUUUGUGAAAUGAUCAUUAGAUCCUAAGUAUUUUUGCAUUAGAGUACGAUUGGUACGAAUUUUAUUAAUGGACGAAUUGAAUAUAUAUUUUUAUUGUUAGAAUUUA